GAGGUUGCACAAGUCAGAUUUUGUCAGAUGGAGCCUCAGAUACAACCAUUGUUAAAGUUAACACAGUUAGAUACUCCUCCUAAGUUUUUACUAACCUUACAGUCUGCUGGGAAGUUCGUUAAAAAGCUAAGAGAGAUCGAUGCAAAUGUCGUUGACUCUCAGGCCAAUCGUUCCGGUUCUGAGGAGGAACACAGAGCAUUGCAGGCUGGGUUGUUGUACCUGGCACUUACUGAACCUGACCCCAGACACUCGUUUUGCACAGAUAUUGUUUUAACGUCUCGGGACAAUUUAACCUAUGUCUUGUCUGAAAUGACUCGUCUAGUUGCAGAGACAUGGCCAAAAAUGGUUCAGUCUGUUCGGUCAAACCUUAUUUGUCUGCUGGGUGAAUUGAUAUCGACGAAAACGGCUAGUGUCGAAGUCUUGAUGCUACAUGUGUAUCGGAGGAUGACAACUGGAGAUAUCAGCCCACAAAACUUGUGGCUCAUAGACACCAUGGUAGACCUUCUGGAAAAAAACAAAGAGUGGCUAAGCAGCCUAGAGCGACAGCCGUUUUUGCUUCCCCUAACUGUAUAUACCCUGCUCAGGCUCAUUCCAGAUCACUAUUUGCCUCAGCAGUCUUCUGGUGUCUCUUCUGCUAGUUCAACUGUCCAGUUAUGUAAACUGCGACAAAAAGAGUUAGCUCUUGUUGACGAACUUAUUCGAAAGAAUUUUGACCGCUGCGCCCAGAUCGGCCGUGAUUUUAUUCGUCUUCUGCAUGGUGUUGCACGAUUAGAUCCUAUGAAGCGUCUAUGGGAUGACAUGCUGCAGAAUAUUUCAUCUCUAUCUUCUUAUUUUUCAAAUCUUUCUGAAAUCUUGGAAAUCACAACACCUCAGUGUUUUACCCAAACUCUGAUUCCACAUGAAAUGGAACAGUGGGUUCGUUGGAUGAUGAAAAAUGUUCAUUGUGUGCCAAGAGUGCCCGUCCAUCGUUAUCAGGACUUUUUCCAACGGAAAUUUUUUGCAACUCCAGAAAGCCAAAGCCUUCGUGUAUGUCUUUUACGUUAUGUAGUGACUUAUUUUUAUCCGGAUAACGAAAUGCUGGCUUCUACAUUGAUACCUCGAUGGAAUGUAGUUUCUUGGAUCUUAUCUCAAUCUACGUGUCCAGUGGCUACUGUUAAUGCAAAACUGGCUCUUUUUUAUGAUUGGCUAUUCUUUAAACCAAAUGAUUGCAUUAUGAAUCUGGAACCUGCUUUAUUGGCUAUCAUGAAUCAUCUAAACCCAAGGUCUCAGUUGAUCGCAUUUUCAUUGGUAGACUUUUUAAUUAAGAUUGUUGGAAUGUAUCAUCCACCAAUGACUGAAAGAAUCAUUUUGGGAGUUCGUUCCGGUUUAGAAGAAAUGGUCCGUUUAGGUGUUGUCAAAACCAUUUCCCCACUUUUUGAGUUUUUACACCGUUCUUCAUCUAUGGACCUGCUGCGUUCGCUUCGUGGAUUGUUGGGUCUUGAUCCUCUUAGUGCCUUGCCGAGUACACUUGUCUCACCUGGAGAAAAUCCUAGUCGUUUAGUUCCUGAGAAAUGGACUGGAUCCAGUGAAACAUCAGUGGUUAGUACAAAUUCAAGCUCUGUCAAUAAUAGUACACUUGUGCCUCGAAAUCAAACUACCACACCUUUAUCGGUGUCAAGACCUUUAUCACCAGCUGCAUUGCUGACAGAUAGUGGACCACCGACAGAUCCCCGCUUGACACGAGGUCAUGCUGCUAUUCUUGCUGGAGCUGUUCUAUCAAAUUUGAAUUCGACACCAACUGAAACUGUAUCGAAACCUGUUUCGACAGUCUCUGAAACACUUCCAGUGCUUCAGACAAACACACCAGUCACACUGCAACAAAGCCCAAUACCAUUUACCACACAACAAGAUGAUAUCAAAGCACCAGUUAUUCCUCUUCGUAACACGUUACCCUUAUUACCAUCCUUACCACGCAGUUCUCAACAAUUAACGGAAGUACAAAUAACAGAUGAUUUGGAUAUAAUGGAAGUAAAUAUUUUAGAAUGUAAACCAGCAGCCUCAAGAACUGCUACCUGGAGUCCUCCUCCAGUUGAAAGUCGACAUGUAAUCAAACAAUCUACUGAUCAUGAACCAGAUACCCCAGAUUCUCUGGAGUUUAAAAUUGAUAGUCUUCGACGUCGUUUUCAAGAUUAUCAGCUUAGAUUUCACUAUUUCGUCGAGUCUGUAGACGUUAAUUCUCUAAUUAAACAGCUUGAUGGACCAAUACGUACAGCAUUAGAACAGUUUCGUGAUGUGGCUAAACAUGUUGGUUUAAUACGUAGUUCUUCAACCGGUCUAUGCGCUUCACAAACUUUGGAUGACUUGGAUAAUGGUUCAUGCGAUCAAGAACAAAAUUCUUCUGUAUUUCUGCGUUCUGCGUCUGUCCUUAAUGAUCUAUGUGAAUCAAUGGAGGCAUUAAUUCAGGCAGUACUUGUUGAAGAAGGCUUUGAUGAUUUAGAAAUUGCUGGUCGAACUGCAGCUGUAGUGUGUGAACUGUUGUUUUGUUUGUUUGCUCAACGUCUUAUGCCUGUUGGAGUUGAAUGGUCUGAAGAACAUCUGGAGGACUGUUUAGCAUUCCCUAUAUUUGUUCCUUUUCGACAUCUUUUACAAAUGAAUCCCGGUGAUCCUAAACGUGAAUUACUCUUGCUAUUAUUGACAGAAAUGCAAACUCGACAACCACGUCUUGGUUACCAUUUGCUAUUUUUCCUGAAAAUCAGUAAAUUAAAUGAUGAGAAAAUGUCAAUUUAUCGUAAUUUUUGUGCAAGUCAAGAAAAUCCUAAUCUACGCGAUUCUUUAUUUAAAGAUAUGCAACUACUGUCGGAUGAUAAUCGUCGUUUAUUCGCUUAUCUUCUUCCAGACGUAUUUACUGUGUUUUCAUCUGAAUUGAAAGAUGACACUGAAUUCCUUCAAUUAAUUGUUGCUACAAUUGAUCCAGGAAUGUGCAACUCUCUUAUUAGUGAAAUAGUACGUGGUCACUUGAAUCUCUUCCCUAAUAACGAUUUGACCAAUAUUCUAAAUGCUAGUCUUGAAUGGAAUUCUAUUGAGCAGUUAUUUUUUUGGCAAUUAAUUAAUGCGCAUGAAAUUCCAACUAGUCGAUUUCUACCACUUAUUCGUUCAGUUGAUUCAUUCAAACAUCCUGAGGCAUGCUCGAAUUUAAUUCUUCUCCUGAAACUUGAAAAACCGAGCUUUGAAUUAGUUCAUGCUUUAUUAUCACGUCAUAGUCCUAAUGAUUUGUUAUCAAUGACUGCGUUGCAUUUUUGGAGUUGUCCAGAUAAUCAACAUGCUGGACGUUUCUCAAAUAUUUUAUGUUCUUUCAUAAAUACACCUUUAACAAUAUCAAGUAAGGAUUUGAAUACACCUGGUGUUACUUCAACUUCCAGUAAUCAAAGUAUAAAGGAGGGUAGGGAAAGACGUCGUAGUUCUACAAAGCAUCAAUUACUACCUGAGGAAUGUGUUGAUUUGUCAUUGAUUCUUACACACUUGGAUUCUCUUCGAAGAAAUUGCAAAAAUAUCUCAUUACUACAAGAUGAUGAUAUACAAUCUGCUCUUCAGUCGGUAGCAACAUCACCGAAAUUGUCACCGAAUCUCAAAGAUCAUUUUUCAGAUUUAUUGGCAUUAGUUGAAGAUCUGCCUUCAACACCAAGUGGUUAUCAUUCACAAAUACCUGAUUCUUUGUCAAGUUCUGUUACCAACACUGCACAUAUGAAUGGUGAUGUGUAUUCAAGUGUAGUACGAAAAACUACAACCGGGAGAAUAAAAUCUGGUAGCAAAGGCGGUCGCAGCCUUCGCAAUUUAGAUUCUCGUCGCGCUGCUGAAGUAAGUCGAUCUAGUAACCUAUUGUUGAAGUGAAUUGUGAACUACAUUUGAUAGCAACAUUAUUUCGUGAAUAGUUAUUACCAUCUGACGAAGGUUGGGUUUUACAUUGUGAAUUUAUAAUUCAAAGUAUCAUGUUUAGAAUGCUUUAAUCUAAAUAUCACAUUUUGCUUUGCUGUUUCAUUUGUUUGUGUUUGCAAGGAAUGUGAUUAUGACUGACCGACAAAAUCAACGUAGAACCUUUAACACAAGUGCAUUGGCUUUAAUUGGCACACUUCACAGUAGUAUACAAAGAACAAGCAAGUGAAAAAAGUCUUAUCAAACUGGACACAGUUGUCUGACAGAAUAAACAAUCGAAGAUAAUAGUUACUGGACAUAUUCAAGCUUUAGAAGAUGUCACGGAGUGAAUACGUCUGCACCAUUGUGACAGAUUUUCAGCUGUAGCCAAGAGUCCUCAACCACUCCUCCCUAUCGUCUCUAGGACUCCUACCUGACAGUCUACGUUGCCCUACACGACUCAAGCCAACAGUUAUGAACUUCAUUGCCUGGUACCAGGUCUUUGUCUGGCCUUCAAACCUAAUCCAACUUCCCCCGACAUGGCACGUGGAAGUAGACGGUGGCUCAACAUGCCCAAACCAUCUCAGUCGAUGAAGGUUCACAACCUCAUCAAUCGACUUGCCUGUCUUUCCUAGUACCCUUCACCUGACUUCAACAUUGGUCACAUGAUGAUCACAACAAACGUGAGAAAUGAUACAAAGACAUCUGUGAUUAGAACCCUAUAACCGCUUUGUGUCUUCUACUUUUGACGUCCAUGUCUCAGCCGUAAAAAAGGACAGAACGGCGAAGUAUACUCUUUUUUGACAGAUAGCCAGUUGGCAUCCCUGGCGGACACAACUAGUUAUCGACAAUUCACACAACAAUCUGUAAGCCCUAACAUGACUCAUGUGAGUAGAGAUCUCUGAUUAGCAUUAUGUACUUUUUCGGUACUUCUUUUAUUGUCUAACAUUGCCACAAUACCUAUCAGUUGACUGAGUCAAAUGCAGCCUUCAGGUCAAAAUUCAUGGCAAGUGUCAACCAUUGGCCGGUAAGUUUGUCUGUGUUCGAGAAUCUGAUGUAGGGUGAAAAUAUGAUCGAUGCAUUCUCAUCCAAGUAUGGGACCUGCUUGGUUUUCUUGGGUUUGCUGUUGUUGAGCUCCAGUUAGGCAUCGGAUAACUAUGGGUCCUAGGAUUGUGCUAGAAAAUGUAUGGUUAGAUAAAUUGUGGAAAGCAGCUUUUCAAACUGAUAAUCUGUCAGCUGAAGUUUGACCAGAUGCAGUAAACUAGUUCGUUAGUAAACUCUUCAUCCUUUUUGUUAUUUUUCUAUCGUUUACAGGCAGAAAGACGACAGGUGACUUCCAAUUCCAGCAGUAGUUCAACUCCAUCAAAACGUGAAAAUCGGUGUGAAACUCAAGUGAACAAUUACGAUGGUGAUUCUGAUGGUAAUGAAGCUGCUUAUGUGACCAGUGAGUCAUCGUCUUGUUCAACUGAAGACGAAGAUGAAUCAACGACAGGUAAGAAAACAAGAAGUGGGACAACGCGGUCUACAGAGAAAUCAAAGGUUAGUGGGAGGAAACGUGUUGGUCCUGAAACCCUGAAGAAUCGUAAAUCAGUCAACAAACGACUUGCUUCUUCACAUCAAGAAGGGGAUGAAGAAUAUGCUAAAAGUGAAGAUGACGAUGACGACGAAUAUGAAGAUCGUGUACUGGAAGUAGUUGUAAUCGAUGAUGAGAGUGUUGAUGAACCGAACAAUUCUAAGACUAAAUCACGGAAUAUUAACAAUAGCACAAAUAAUGAUAGUGAUGAAGCUGAUGAUGAUUCUAAGAUACGGCCACCUAAACGACGUAAAACAGCAAUUAAGCGUUAUAUGUUAGAUGACUAAAUUAAGUUGGAAUGCCCUCUAUUUUGUACAUAAUGUAACUGAUUCCCAAAAUAUUUUCUCAACUGGAAGCAAAUUUCUCCUGAAAUUUAUUUGUACAUAAAAUAUGAUGUCCACUAAAUUGUACAGCUUAUGUAUACCUUUUGUUUCUUAUUAUCUUCAGUUAGUAGUUACUUCAGAUCUGAUACUAACUCUGAAAAGGGACAAGUUUCUUUUUCUAUCAAGAUUUUUGUUCAUAAUGAGCUGAAUUUUUGUGAAAUACAGACGUUUUUGAAGAGGUGUGUAUUGCUUUCAGUUGGUAUUUCAAUACCCAACCAAUGACUUCAGUAGCUGUCACGUUUGCACAUAAUAAAGAAGUUAUGUUGAUUUA